AUGCAACCAGCACGACCCCCGCCCCGCGCGCCCGGCAGCUUCAGCCCUCUGCCGGGCUCGACAGCUUCCUCGAGCGCACCUCCGCCUCAACGUCCACGACCUCCAGCCCGCGCCGACUCGUCUUCGAGCGAAGAGAGCCUCUCCAUCCACUUCGUCAAGCCGCGCGCCCACGCACCGAGCGCGCCCACCGUCCCCUCUACCGCGACCCCGAUAUACGCCAAGUUCACUUCGCAGGCCAACUCGAGCACCGCGAGCCUGCAGAACUUCUCGCGCCCGACCGCCCAGCGAGCCGGCACCACACCGGGUCCGAUAACUUCGGGAGGAGGCCCGGGAGAAGGCAGGAAUCACGACCUGAGCGUCAAUGUGAACAUCGCCUCCGCCGCCGCCCGCACCGCGAGCCCCCUGACGAAAGGCCACUCGAGGAAACACAGUCAGACCCCCGGCCUCUUCGACUCGUCUCUCCCCUCGACGAGCACCUCGAACCUCUCCCAUGUGGGCAUGUCACAGCCCUCCUCGGCCGCAUCCUCAUCUACACACCAGCACCAACAUCACCACCAGCAGUCGAGCCCGGCACUCUCAGCCAGCCAGAUCGCCGCGCAGGCCGCCGUCCUGCAACACCAGAGCAACCAGCAGCACCAGCAGCACCAGCAGCAGCUACAACACGCCAGACAGCGGUCCCAGACUGUCCCGAACCCCAACGGCAGCGACGGCGCCGACAACGUGAGGAGGGGGAGCGCAGCGAGGGGCCCACUCAGCCCGCCUAUGCUAAGCCUGACCGAGGCGAGCGCUCCACGAGAGAGUGGUUUUGGAAACCAAGGAUACCACAACGGCCUGUUGGGCAAUUCGGCGGCGACGACAGCAGCGAACGCAGCCUUCCCGCGAUCAGGUCAGACUUCGCCGAGUCUGCCCCAGCAGCAGUCGCAACAGCAGCAACAACAGCAGAUUCACCAUCAGCAACCGCAGCACAGCCCUGUCCACUCUGUCCACCCCAUUCACCCCCCGCCGCAGCUCAUUCCCGACCCGAAACCGACGAAGCCAGAAAAGUCCAAGGUGAAGCUCUUCUCCCGCCCGGUCAAGAUCGGCACGAAAGGCGAUCCCAAGGAUAAACCGCUCCCGAGCCCCAGCAAGAUCGGCAGCGCGCUCGCCUCGUUGCAGCGCGGGAAUUUCAGCACCAGCAGCCUGGUGGACACCAGCGGCCAGUCCCUAUACAGUCUCAACAACUCGUCGUCUGCCACCGUCCGCGCCGUGCCCGAAACGCCCACCAUGGAGAAGCCGGAAGGACGAGAAAAGGAGAAGAAGCAUCAUUUUUUAUCGCGGCAGAAGCACAAGCUCAAAGACGACUACCACCUCCCGUUGUCUUCCGCAUCGAGCAAUUCGAAACCCACAGACCCCAGUGCCCCGUCGAGUUUAUACAGUUUCAACUUGCCCCCUAGUCCGGCCCCGACUGCAACGUCGUUUGGCAAGGGACGUCGGGACAAAAAGACUGAAAAGGAGACCAGCGGCCUCGGCGUCGAGUCGAACUCUCUUCCGUCGGAAUGGCCUGGCCCAAGCAGUCUGCCGAGUUUGACGCAUCAGUCAUCGUAUCUUUCCGAACCAAUUGAUGCGGGCAAGUACGGCCUCAACAGUAUGGCGCUGGACGAUGCAUGGCCGUAUUUGAAGGCGAAGAUGCUCGUCAUCUUCGAGGGCGAGGAGCUGCGGCAGCCCGUCGAAGACUUUAACAAGUUGGUCACACUACACAUACAAUACUGCAUUCAGCGCAGAUCACCAAAUAUCAUCCUGGAGGACUUGCGCGAGCUGCUCUCGACCGGGUUCGCGUCGCUGGACCACACCCUCAGGCGCACUCAAGAAGAUAAGGUCAUUCCGGCACUUGUCGAGAUGUGGCUCAUCACCUACACCUCUAUUCUACCAUACAUGCAGGCCGUUUUUCUGCCCCUGGAUCUCGAAUUCUCCGGCUGCGGUCUCCUGAUGAACCCUGAUCAGGCUCGCGACUUCUGGGGUGGUGUAAAGGCGACUCCGAUGUCGACGGACGGAUCGCACCUGAGGCCCGCCUCGGCCGUUUUCGACGUCCGCCGGAUCGUGCUAACCGCCUAUCGCGAUAUCGUCAUUUUACCUCGCUACGAAUCCCUCAAGACUAUCUUCUCCCGCCUAUCCUUGGAAUUCCUCCCCUCCUCCUUCGCCUCCAUGGCUCUCGCCUCCCCGCUACCGGAUCCGGCGCUCUCCUCCAGCCCCGCCGACACCAUGAGCAUGAUGCGCCCCGGGACGGCCAUGAGCCUCGACCCCUCCGUCGCGAGCUACAACUCCAACGCGACGACCCUGCUAGGCGACGCCAGCGCGGGAGGCGGCGGCGGCGGAGGGCGCAGCCGCGGUCUUAGCAAUGUGAGCUAUGCCAGCGGCGGGAGCGACGGGCAGAUUCGGCCCUUCACGCGCGAGCAGAACGUCGAGGACUCCAAGCAGGUGACCGAGAUGGUGGGCCGCAUGCUGCAAUGCAUGAGCAUCCUCGCCAGCAUCGGCGACGUCGCGGGAGACGGCAGCCACGAGGGGAACAAGAGGAUGGAGGAGCUCUGCCGCUUGCUCAAGCUCAACUGGCUCGGGAGAGGACGGACUGGUAGGAACAGGAGGGGUAUCGUGGGCGGCAGACGGAGGGACAUUCCCGAGUCUGUGAGGGAAGGUCUCCGCGUGCUGUGA